AUGAUUAAGUUUAGAUAUUUUGUAGAUAAGUUUAGUAAGAAAAAAUGUUUUAUUAGUGAAAAUCUUGCAUUACUGGCAAAGAUAGAUUUACUACGCUUAGUUAACGUGAGACAAUAUAGCGAUGUUUACCCUGACAAAUAUUUGCCUACAAUGGCACACGAAGUAUUAACAUAUAUGGAGUUAUCACCAGGCAGGACAUAUGUAGAUAUGACAUUUGGUGCUGGUGGGCAUACCACUAAAUUUUUAGAACAUUUGUCUGAUAUAAAAAUAUUUGCAUUAGAUAGAGAUCCUGUAGCAUAUAAAUAUGCACAACAGUUAUCGCAGAAAUAUCCAGGAAAAGUAAUUCCUUUAUUAGGUAAAUUUUCCGAGUUACCACAAUUACUUAAGCAAUACAAUAUUGAAAGAAAUAGCAUAGAUGGCUUUUUAUUCGAUUUUGGUUGUUCAUCAAUGCAAAUUGAGGAUGCGAAUAGAGGUUUUUCUUUAUUGAAGAAUGGACCGUUAGAUAUGAGAAUGAAUGGAUGUUUGAAACAACUUACUGCUGCGGAUGUGUUAGAUAGAGCAACAGAGGAAGAUUUAGCUCAUAUCAUAAAAGUGUAUGGGCAAGAAAAGCGUGCGAAGAAAAUUGCGCGUGCCAUUAUUGAAGCUAGAUAUAUGUUUAGGAAAUUAGAAACAACACAGGAACUAGUUCAAUUGGUUCAAUCUGUUUUAGAUGAUGAAAUUAAGAUAGACAGUUUCGACAGGUACCCGCAUAGUGCCGUAAAAACAUUUCAAGCGCUUAGAAUUUUUGUCAAUAAUGAAUUAAAUGAAAUCAAUUAUGGUAUACUUCUUGCGAAUAUAUAUUUGAAAUUAUCCGGUCGUUUAAUAACUAUCUCUUUUAAUUCACUCGAAGAUACUAUAGUCAAAAGACAUCUCUCUGGAAAUAUAACAGAUAAUGUUGCUAAUACUGUGGCAUUAAAGUAUGCGCAUUAUGGUAAAGCAUUCAAUGCAGAUGAAUUUGAAGUAUUGACACAGACACCAUGGAAAAUGAUGCAUAAAAAUGUUCUAACACCUACAAAUGAGGAAAUUGAAAUAAAUCCGAGAUCGCGACCGGCAAAAUUGCGUGCCAUUAUGAAAGUUAAAUAAAUCUGUUUUAUGUAUUAAAAUUUUCAAUAAUUCAUGCUUUCCUAUUGCUAUGCAAAUAUGUUGAGAUUGUACUUAUAGUAUGUUUGUAUAUGUGUGUAUAUAUGUGUAUAUACAUACACGAUACAUUUAUUUUAAUAGAAUAUAUAUAUAUAUAUAUAUAUAUUAUCACAUUGUACAUACAUAUAAACAAUAAAAAAUAGCCUCUUGAGUAAAAAAAAA